AUGAAAUGUGCGUAUGCGAUACUCUCAACCACCAUCAAGCGGAUGGUCGUGACUGGAACUGGCCCCCAGAGUUCUUAUUAUGGGGUAUAUUCAGCUCCACACGAUAAUGAAUUUCCAGUACCCUCGCCUCAUCUCGGUAUACACAUGUCUCCAAGUAAAAUUUACAAACCAGGACUACAUGCCGUAGUAUAUUGUUCUAUAAUCAAUGAUUAUAUGGAUGUUAUACAGGUCAUUACCAGAAAUUUAGUCGAGAUAAAUCAUGACCCCGAAAUUCUUGAUAAUGAACACAGUGAACAUGAAAAAAAUUGCCUUGACUUCAUUAGAAGGAAUUACAAUCUGAAUCCUGGAGCCAAUUACAUAUCCAAGCUCAGUGAAGAUGUUUGUAAUCAUCAAUAUCUAGCGAAUUUAGCCUUCAGAAAAGAAAUCAAUGUAAUAGGAGAAUUUGCAUGUUUUGUCCCGCCAUCAAAUAAACAAACCCUCUACAUCACUGCCGACGUACCUAUUAAACUGGAACAAUUUCUCGCUGGAAACUCACUAUUUAUGGAGCCUAUGGGAAAGCUAACUAAUUUAGCCCUGGGUUGGUUUCAAGGACAUCUACAUUUAUUUUUGCGGGCUAGCUCCAUAACUACACACAAUAAUUGGUAUCCACGUACCAAAAUUGGAUUGGAAAAAAGAAGCGGAUCUUUGAUAUCAGACUACAUCCGAUAUUCUGUGCCUGAGAUUGAAAAGUUUGUAGAUACCAUGGAAGAGUUCCAAAGUAUCAGAGAAGAUUUCGACAUUUCUACAGAAGGCUCUUCCAGAACUGAAGCUAAAUACAAAUACCGCUUCCCAUUCGAGGCCAUUCCUAAAUUGAAAUAUUAUGAGCCGUCGAUGAACUUGCAUGGUGUUCCAGGCUAUCUCCUGUGCAGGGAUGCCCAUCAAAAAGGAAAGUUCAGGAUUGACUUCAGAUUCAAGCAAUAUGACAGCACAGGAAAAAUCCAGUGCUUAAAUGAGGGACUUUAUAAAUUUGAUGAAGUCCAAUCUUCAGAAAUUAAAAACCAAUGGGAGAGACUCAGGCGAUUUAAGAUACCACUCCAAUCAGAUACCAAAUCACCCGCUCAAACCUUCUCAAAAGUUUCCGGAUUCGGAUUUUUAUGUGUGCGUGACACGACUGAAACUAGGAAAAAGCGUAAACGAGAAUAG